AUGAUUAGUAAAACUAGCGGAAAAGGACCAUGGAGCUUUGAUGAAGAUAACAAGCUCCUUGAUUGGGUGAAAGCAAAUGGACCUCAAAAAUGGUCACUUUGCUCUGAAACUAUUCCUGGUAGAAGCGGAAAGUAAUGCAGAGAGAGAUGGUUUAACAAUCUCAACCCUAACGUAAAGAAAGGUAACUGGACUGCUGAAGAAGAUGACAUGAUAUUCUAAGGUUAUUUGCAACAUGGAUCUUCUUGGAGCAGGAUAGCAAAAAAUUUAGAAGGAAGAACUGAAAAUUCAGUUAAGAAUCGCUUUUAUAGUACAGUUAGAAAGCUACUCAGUGAUUCAGAGAAGAAUGGUGGCAAAGGCAGUGAGUAGUAAAUUAGAAACAUCAUCCAAAUGAGCCUUGGGAAGAAAGUAGGUGGAGGAAUGCCAUCUCUUGAAAAUGAAAAUGAUUAAAAUAGUGACAAUAGCUAAUGCGAAAGUGAAGAAGAUAAAAGCCAUAAUGAUGCUAUGAGCAGCUCUAAAAAUAACUAGAGCAGUGAAGUUAAUACUCAUAAAGAAGCUGAGGCUGAAGAAGCUAAAAAAGAAGAAAUAUCUUCCAAAUCUUAAAAUUUGGAAGGUUAAACAAAUAAAAAAUAAAGUAAAUAAGCUCCUCAAAGUAGUAGUAGUAAUAAUAAUAAUGAUAUGGAAUUAGAGGAACCAAAACCAGAAACCAAAAAGAAUGGCAACGAAGCUUAAAAUAACGAAAGUGAAAAGUUAAAAUAAAAUACUCAAUCUCUUGCUGAUGAUCUUAAUUAAGAAGGUGAAGGUCAUGAAGAUGAAACUAGUUCACAUGCUAUUUCUUCAUCAUAGUAAUUAGGUUUAUCUGGAAUGACAAAACGUAAGUAUAAUAGAAAAAGACACCAAGAUGAAUAUUCAGAGUCAAACUUGCUUUAUCGUUUACUGAAGAGCAACGACGUUACUAUUAAGAAUACAAAGUGCCUCCAAGAUUACUCUGUAUUUUAUCGUAAGUACAAGCAAAAUAAGUACAUGAUGAAGAAGAAAAAGAAAGAAGAUGAUGCCAAGAAAUAGAAUGAAAAUGGGGAUGAGGAACAUACUUCUAGCUCAAUGUAAGAAACAAAUUAAUAAGACUAUAAUGAGGAAGAUGAAGAUGACGACAACUCUCAUCUUUAGUUUUAAGAUUUAACAUCAGCUAAAAUUAAGAAAGCGCUUAAAAGCAAACUGGGCAUGAAGGGUUGCUUUGAUGAUAAACAAAAAAUUAGCUCUUCAAAAGACUCGAGUCACAAAAAUAGAUAAGACAGUGAAAAUGAUUUAGAUGAGAUUAACCAUUAGUUACUACUAUUGAAAUAGGCCAAGCUUUAACAAUAAGAUAAGCUUAAGAAAAAGCUUAAAGCAAAUAAUUAAUCAAAAGUUGAAGAUCUAAACUAAAUAAGUACCAAAAUCAAAAACGCUAAAAUUUAAUCCAAAACAAAGAAAGGGCAUCAUAGUGACGAAGAUGAAGACUCUAAUUUAGAUCAUAUUCAUACAAGUAGCAUUAAGGAAGAGCCUGAAGAGGAUAACGAUGACGAUAAUUCAGCUUAGCUAUCAGGAGCCAAUAAAUAUGAUGAUAAACUUUUUAAUAGUAAUCUUCCAAGCGAAAACUAGUUAGAUGAUGUUGGCGAUUUAGAGUCUUAAUUGCUCAAAUUUUUCCAAAAAAGUAUGGGCUAAUUCUUCAAGAAGUUUAUGAAGCAGAAUAAGGGUAGUGGCAAGGAAACCGAUAAAAAAACAAAUAAUAAAAAAGAAUUAAAGAAGUAAUUAUCUCAAUAACAGUAAUAAUAACAACAACAAUUAUUGUAAUUGUAAGUGUAAGAGUAAAUUCAAAAACAACUAGAAUAAUUAAAUAACUAAAAUUCUAAAUAAUCUAAAAAUAUUAAUAACUAAUAAGUAAUUUAAAGAACAAAUACAAUUAUUUAGAACCCUCCCAUUAAAAAUUAAUCAAAGAAAAAUGGUAGUAGUUAAAUUCCAGCUAAAGAUAGUAACAUUAAUGAUAAUGGAAUCCAAAAUUUAAUCUAAAAGUAAAUACAAGAAAUGCAAUUAGUAAAGUAAGAGGAAAAUUAAGAAAAUAAUGACCAAAAGUAAAAAUAAGAAAAUAACAAGACAGGUUUUAAAUAGAAUAAUAAUUCUAAUUCUUAAUAAAUGAUGACUAAAAGCACUAUAAAUAAUUAAAAAUCUUCUUUUUAACUGAAUAAAAAUUAAAACACUCCAACUGCUCGUAAUGGGUACACCAAUUAGAUAGGUAGUUCUUCUAGUCUUUUUAGCUAACCAAAUAAUAAUAAUAAUAAUAAUAAUUACAAUUUGAACAACAAUAAUGGAGGAUUUGGAAGUCUUUUAAGCUCUCAUAGCUUAUAAAUGCAACAACAAAAUUAAAAUAAUUAAUAACUUACAGCUAGCUAAAAUUUAAGCAUUUAGAAUAUCAAGAAUUUGCUAAACUAAAAUAUGCUUGGAAAUCAAAAUUCUUUAAAUGUCAAUGGUGAUUAGGGAGUUGAUUAAAAGAUGAUAUUCUUACUUAAUUAGCUUAAUACUCUAGAAUCAAUGUUAACUAACACAAAAAAAGAAUUAGUGAAAUUAGAGGCAAGCCUAAUGAACUAAAGGGGUUCAGAUUAACAAAUGGGAAUAAACUAAAAUAGAGGCGGUUAUGCGAGUAAUAAUAUGUAAGGCAGUAGCAAUAAUUUAUAUGCAUCGAAUGGAUUUUAUAAUAUGCAAGGAGGAAUACCACCAACUGCCAAUGUGUUAAAAACUUUACCUUCGUUUGGAUCGAGAGCUAUUUUCGAAAAAAGUGAUGUAGAUGCUCCUUCUUUUAACAAACGCAAGAAUUCUAAAGACAAUACUUCUUAGUUUUCAGAUUUUGAUAAAUUUAUUAAUAAUAACAAUUGA